GAGAACUUGAUAUAGCUAGCUGAAGUGGAAUAGGAAGUAUAAGAAGAAUAGGAAGUAUCGCAAGAAGCGAGAUCAGCGUGUUUUGAGAGAAAAAGUUGGCGGAAGCAGAUGAUGAAGUGGAUUCUGAAUCUAAUGGCGGUAGAAUCAGGGAGAAUUGGAAUAUUGUCCAAAAUAAUGGAAACGGAGAAAAGUAGUAUACAAUGAUGAGAAUGUCACCUUGUAUCUUGUAGGAUUGUACGGUUUAUUAAUGAGGAGCAGCUGAUCGAAUGACCAAUCUUGGGGAAUCCAUUGGAGAUAUCCAAACUGGUGGAGAGAGUGAAGGCUGUGAGGAUCAGGAGAGACGGGCUUGUUUAGAUUGUAUGUGCUUCUGCGGAUCAGAAGAAACGUGUGUUGCGUCUCACACGAUUUGAUACGUUUGAAGUGUCGUGUGUGUGUCUCAUGAAUAUUCUAUAGCUGGUGUCUCGUGGGAAGUGGAUGUUGAAGAGAUGAAAAAUAUUCCUGGAGUGAUUGAUGCACGUCAGCUGAAUCAUGUGGUGAAUUAAGAAAAUUAGGAGAGUAUCUGUUAUUUUUUUAUAUAGAGUCUCUCCCUAUUCAAGUGCAGUUAGGGUAUAUUAACUACAGAAUCAGGUUAUGUAUCCAAAGAAGUGUGAUCAUUCUAAAGCUUUUGGUCAUGUUUCAAGUGUUUGCAUACGGGAGAACCCGAGAUGUCCAAGUUGUGGAAAAUAUAAUAUCGUGUUAUAAAAGUGAUGAAAAUGUGACAUGUUGCAAUUGCGGUGGGAACCAUGAAGCCACAUCUUUCGAAUGCCCCACAAAGGUGAAAGAGACUGAGGUGGCCAAAGUCAGGGCUGUCCAGAGCAUUUCAUAUGCAGCAGCUGUUAAUGGGUUGAGGGUUUGAAUGGUUCACCUGAAGAGUCCAUGGUGGUGGAUAGUCUUUCAUCGCAGGCUGCAGGGGCUACAUUUCACGAUGAGGAUCCUGACAUUUUCAAGGUUAAGAAGGUGUCCUUUAUAGCUAUGGUGAUUAAUUGCCCUGCCAAGGUGGAGAGACGGUCCAGGAAGAUAGAAAUCAUUGUUGGUGCGCAGAGCGGUUCCUUGGGCUGAAAGAUUUCUCUGCGAAGGAGUUAUAGGCCGUACCACCCUCCCAGGCCCUAGAGCCUGAGAAGGGAGAUAUGGAUAUUUUUUGUUGUUUGUUUUGGGUGGAUUAAGUUAGUUAUGAAUUUGUUUUGUUUUUUACCCUGUUUUGGUUUCAACCCGUCCAGUUGGUGGCGGCAAAAUACAUGUUUUGGUUGUAGUCUGUCAUAAAACCCACAGAAGAAGAAGACGACGAAGAAGUUUACGCCAUUACGUGAGAAAUGAAUUAAGCGUCAUCCUUUCGGCUGCAACUUUGAUCCUAAAGCGGUGCGCGGCAUUUUUGUUUUUCCCCCUCUAGCUUCAACUAUACAUACUGUUUAAGUCUAUAACAAUGGCGCGAAGCAUACCUUUCUGCACAGUUCCCACUUGUCUGCUUCUUAUCACCGGACUGUGUUAUCGAGUAGUUGCCGACGGGCUGGUGAACGAGGAGGUGAAACGAACAGUGGACCUGAGCACGCACAUUGCUAAGAUAACAGCAGAGAUUCUUCUGUUAAACCAGGGAGACUCGGCGGUACAUAGCUUUAUAUUGGCAGUAGAGCCCGAAUUGGCCCCCAACCUUGCGUACGUCGGGGCAUCGGUGAAGGGUGAUGAAGAGGAGGAUGGGAUACUUGAGCUCAAGCAGACAAUGAUCCAAGGCCAAAGUGGGGAGUUCUACAAGGUGCAGUUACCCUCCAGUCUGGCCGUUGGCGCAAAGCUGCGAGUGAAGGUGGAGACAGUCCUGAGCCACAUUCUGAGGCCCUUUCCCACCCACAUCACCCAGGCUGAGCGUCAGCUGGUGGUGUUCCAGGGCAACCACUACCUGUACUCUCCAUACCCCACCCGCAGCCAGACCACCCAUGUCCGCCUUGCCUCUAAGACGGUGGAGAGCUACACCAAGCUGGGCAACCCCAGCAAGAGUGAUGAGGCCAUUGAGUACGGCCCCUUCCGUGAUGUCGCCCCAUUCAGUGAGGAUGCCCUGAAGGUCCAUUAUGAGAACAACACCCCCUUCCUCACUAUUAGCAGCAUCACCCGCAUCAUUGAAGUUUCUCAUUGGGGAAACAUUGCUGUGGAAGAGACAAUUGACAUGAGGCACACAGGGGCAUUCCUGAAAGGGCCUUUCUCCCGUUAUGACUACCAGCGCCAGUCUGACAGUGGCAUCUCAUCAGUCAAAUCCUUUAAGACCAUCCUUCCUGCCUCAGCCCAGGAUGUGUACUACCGGGAUGAGAUCGGCAACAUCUCCACCUCCCACCUCCAGAUUCUGGAAGACUCUGUGGAGGUGGAGGUUAGGCCCCGAUUCCCCCUGUUUGGUGGCUGGAAAACCCACUACAUUAUCGGCUACAAUCUGCCCAGCUACGAGUACCUCUACACCCUGGGGGAUCAGUACGCUCUGAAGAUGAGGCUGGUUGACCAUGUAUAUGAUGACCAGGUCAUCGACUCCCUCACUGUUAAACUCAUACUGCCAGAAGGCGCCAGGAACAUCCAUGUGGAAACCCCCUACCCCAUUGACCGUAUUCCAGACCAGCUGCACUACACUUACCUAGACACCUUUGGCCGCCUGCUGGUGGCGUCUAAAAACAACCUGGUGGAGCAGCACAUCCAGGACGUAGUGGUGCAUUAUACCUUCAAUAAGGUCCUGAUGCUGCAGGAGCCCCUUUUGGUGGUGGGGGCAUUCUACAUCCUCUUCUUCACUGUCAUCAUCUAUGUGCGCCUGGACUUCUCCAUCACUAAGGACCCUGCUGCAGAGGUUCGUAUGAAGGUGUCCUCAAUCACAGAGCAGGUCCUGACCCUGGUCAACAAGCGUUUAGGGCUCUACCGCCACAUGGACGAGGUGGUGAAUCGCUAUAAGCAAUCUCGAGACACAGGGGCCCUGAACAGCGGCCGCAAGAUCCUGGAGGCCGACCACCGCACCCUCACCAACGACAUCAGCUCCCUGCAGGCCCGCCUCAAAGCAGAGGGCUCCGACCUUGCAGAUAAGGUGGGUGAGGUGCAGAAGCUGGACGGCCAGGUGAAGGAGCUGGUGUGUCGCUCUUGGCAGGAGGCUGAGCGCCUGGUGGCAGGCAAGGUUAAGAAGGAGGCCUACAUCGACAACGAGAAGACCCUCUCUAGCAAGAGACUGGAGCUGGUGACCCGCAUCGACAGUCUGCUGGACACCCUGUAAACACCACUAUACACAUGUCAGUGUACAAAAAACACACAUGUGCUGCCCCAACUACACAUCUGUUGAUCCAGCCCUGCAGUUAUUAUAAAAUAAGAAAUAUUUACCUUUGCUCAUUGUCCAUCCCACUCACAAAGUACACACACUAAAGGAACCUGUAGGUGGAUGCAAACACUCAUGCCUUUGUGCCUCGCAAGAAACACAACAGCAUUAUGCUUAACACCACAGGGAAGGCUUGCGUCACGUCACACCUUACAUGGCAGUCUAAGUUAAAUUGCGUGGAAGAGCUCUGUUGUUCCUAAAUGCAGAAUUGAACUGUUUAAAUUUGGAAUGUUUUUUGUGUUUUUUUUUACCUUUUUUUGAAUGGUGAUGAAUAUAUAUUUUUGCGUUACUCUUUAAGGGUUUUCAUGUCACAUCUGUCCUGUGUCUAUACUCCCUUGAGUCCCUCCAACCUGUGCUCUCUUACGGGUGGAGUAGUCAUCAGUGCCCCUGAAAUAAGGGAUCCCUUGUGAGUCAGUCUCUAAAUGUCUUCAUCAUAUUCUUUGCACUUACAAACUAUUGUUACUUCCCCCUGGCUGUUAUAUUUGAACAAAGUUGAAGCUCUGAAAUGGUGUGGACCCCAAUCCAAAGGGUUACCAUCUUCAUGUUAAGUUUCUCAUUGUCCCUCUAAUAUUUUAUAACAUUUUGUAUAAUUUCUCUUUGUAACGGUAUAUUUUGUUUGAUAUGAGAUUAGGCCAUGUGUGUGGGGAAUAGCAUGGGGCAGUCAAAGACGUUGCGUGAUAAUGUAUGUGAACCUGUAUCGCCAGUAAAUGAACCAAGUUUGAAACAUUGACAACUUUUAAAAUAGAAAUGAUUCCUCCACUUUUAAUACUCUUUAGGGAAGUGACCUAGUUCCACCACCUGAGGGAACUCUUGCUCAAUAUAUUUUUCCCAUCUGUGGUGGGUAAGUGAGGCUUUUGACUUGGGAACGGGAUAGUGCCUACAAAGUUGACACUGUUUUAUUUUAAUAUGGAAGCAACCCCAAAUAAAACAACUGGUGCGCAAUUCAUAUAAUGUGA